AUGGGAAAAUAUUUACUGAGUGUUUUUCUAAUUAUCAUCCUUUCCUUUGAUUCUAUAAACUCUCGUUUGUUGCCUCCUCUCUUCAGAAAAUUCAACGUGGAAAUUGUAAACCAGCUUAGGUUUCACAAAAAAAUGGAGGUUCACUGCAAGAGCAAAACUCAUGAUUUUCCAAUUACGUAUCUUAAUAUCGGCGAAAGUUUUCAAUUUAAAUUUACUAUCAAUCCAAAGACUCAAUAUUGGUGCAAUUUAUGGCAGGGACCAAAUUACAAACACCAUGUAGUAUUUGAUGCGUUUCUUCCGGAUAAAGAUUUUAUAGAUGGCACAUGUACUGGAAUGGAUCCUAAUGUAUGUAGGUGGAUCGCAAAAGAAGAGGGAGUUUAUGUUCUCAACAAAAAAUUUAAAGGAGAAUAUUUUAUGUAUACAUGGGAUGCUCCAACAAAAUAUGGAGAAAUCUCUCCAGUGAACGGACCCUCAAGUGAAUCUGAAUUUGAUUUAUAA